AUGGUUGCGGUCUCCUCGCCUGACAACGAUGCUCCGGGCAAGCCGUGCGUGCAGUGCCAGCAGCGCUACGUAGCUUACAGCAAUGCCUUCUAUGCAACCGUGGUGGCGCGCUCUGUCUUCUUCCCUCGCUGCCAGCACGGCCCUUUUUGCGCCGGCUGCAAGCGCAAAGUCGCCAGCCGCACCCUGGGGGCCUGCGUUUGUCGGGCCCUUCUCGAGGGCUUUCGGGAGGCUCUCUGGCCUGAAGCUGAGCCUGGAGACCUGGAGCGGGCUCGCGAGGAGAUGAUGCUCCGAAAAGCACCUCCCACCACGCCGAGCCCAGUGUGGACACCUUUGGAGGCCCACCGACAAGCAACGGAUGACCGCAGGUCUGCCGCAGUGGCUGCUUUAAAGGCGGCAAAAGCCGACAUCGCAGAAGAGCAGUCGCUGGUGAGCCAGGAGGUGAGGCAUGGCCCAUCCGCAGAGCCCUCCGAGGCUCCAGCCGCCACCUUCAAGCGCCGCGCGGGUGCCAGCGCUGCUUUGGAGGAAGCCAAAUCCCAAAAGCUGAAGAAGCGCAGCGGCGCAGCAGAGCCGGACGCGCCCCAGACCCGAUCGGCUGCAGAGGUCGCGGCAGCUGUGGCCACAGAGGCCGUCUCGAAGGGGAGAUUCCUGGAGACUGCCUCGCCUCCCCGGCCGGCUAAGUUCGCACCACGGCUGCCCGCGGCGAAGGUGUCAACUGACCGGCAGCCACUUAAAAGAGAAGUUUCAAACGGAACCGGGAAGGUGGACAAGAAGCCCCGACUGAUUUCGGCGGGUGACAGUGAUGCUGAGGAGGAUGGGAGUGAGUAA